UGCUACAGGUGGCCACAUAACUGCACAAAAACAUUUGCUGCCGUUAAAAAAGUGCUCUGACUGUGACAUUUCAGUGCUGGCAGUGUGCUUUUUUUCAGCCAAGUCAACAUGAUGAAAUUAAUUUCCUUUUUGUGUCAAUUUGUGCUUUUUUUUAUUUUUUAAAAACCUAACAUUAAUAUUUUCUUUGGAGCAUAGUCAGCUACCGCCCCUUUUCAUUCAUUCUGCUGAUGUCGCUCCGAGUUUUCCUGUGUAUCUGCAUAAUGUUGGUUCCUCUCCCCAAAUAUUCGUCCUUGUCCGUCUGCCGUCCUGUCCCUGUCUCUUGCUCCCUCUUUGCACCUCCCAUGCAUAUCUCAUGCACUCCUCACCCACCCACUCGAUUUGCUGGGCUCUUUUAAGAGUGACAGUACUGUAUGCACAGGCUGAAAACAACUGAUGAAGGGGUACGUCACGGCUACAGAGGGAGGGACAGAGAGGAGAGGAGGAGAGCAAAUGAGGAACAGAGACGGGGAGGGAAGGAGAGAGAGAGGGAGUACAGAGGGAUAUAUUGACUCAAAGCUGGUCUAGAUGCUCCAUAGAGUGUGGGAGACAGAGGAGGUGAGAGCAGGCAAGAUGGAGUGCUGGCACAGAUGAAGAUUGUCCCUGGUACAGUCAAACAGCCUAGAUGAGUGUGUCCAAGCCACCGCCACCGCCCUCCACCUCCCACCUAGCCAUCCCCCCUCCUUCCGCCUCCGCCCCUUCCUCCUCCGCCUCCUCUCCCUUGGCAACGCCCCACUCCGCCGCGCCUCCCCCGCCCUCUCCGGUCAAGAUCUCUAUGCAGGAGCACUUUGCCAUAAACGUUUGCCCGGGGCCCAUCCUCCCCAUCCCGCAGAUCUCCGACUUCUUCCCCCGUUUCCACGACUACCCCUGCACGCCGCCGCCCCCCAGGGAGAAGAAGAUCCUAAAAGAGGAGACCUUCAAUGGGGAGACGGGCGGAGGUCACCUGGAUGGGGAGAGACGAGGGGAAACCGAGGGCAAUGGGGAGGAGGCGCUGGACUCCGAUGAUGAUGACACCUAUCUUGGAACGCUCGAAUUCACGCUGUUGUUUGAUCAAGAAAACAACUGCCUCCAUUGUACUAUUCACAAGGCAAAGGGUCUGAAAGCCAUGGACUCCAAUGGGCUGGCUGAUCCAUACGUCAAGCUCCAUCUUCUUCCAGGAGCAAGCAAGGCAAACAAGCUACGCACAAAGACCCUGAAGAAUACUCUGAAUCCAGUGUGGAACGAAACGCUCAUUUAUCACGGCAUCACAGGAGCUGACAUGACCACAAAAACGCUCAGACUGUGUGUAUGUGACAUGGACAGACUUGGACGAAAUGAAUUCAUCGGAGAAGUGAGAGUGGCUCUGAAGAAACUGAAAGAGGGUGAAAGCAAACGUUACAAUAUGGGCUUGGAGAGAAUUGCACAGAAUAAAGAAGCCAACAACCAGUUAGUGGAUCAAGGAGCAGUUGUUGCAGAAGAGGAGCGAGGCCGUAUCCUGGUGUCACUGUGUUACAACACAGAGAAGAGCUGCCUGCUGGUGGGGAUCAUUCGCUGUGCUCAUUUGGCUGCCAUGGACUCCAACGGCUACUCCGACCCUUUCGUCAAAAUCAUCUUACAGCCAGACAUGGGCAAAAAGUCUAAGUACAAGACCUCAGUGAAGAAGAAGACUCUUAAUCCGGAGUUCAAUGAGGAGUUUUCAUAUGAAGUAUCCUUGGAUCAGCUGGCAAAGAAGACCCUUGAGAUCUCUGUGUGGGACUACGACUUGGGAAUGAGCAAUGAUUUCAUAGGAGGAGUGGAGCUGGGCAUCAAUGCGAGCGGACAAAGACUCAAACAUUGGUUUGAGUGCCUCAAAAACAAAGGGAAGAAAGUUGAAUACUGGCACACUCUCACGCAGCAAGGAGCUCCGAGCAGCGACAAGCCAGACUAAAAGACGCCAAACGCCCGUCCAAACAAAGACACUCUCACACGCAUACACGACUGUCUGACUAAACGAUGGUUGAUGAAGUCCAAACUGCAAAGACAAGGGAUAAAACGUGCAAUAACGAAAAAGAAGAAAAUUAAAUCCUGUAGUGCUGUUAAAAAAACGGCACAGAGUAUUAGUAUAAAUAUAUACUAAUGUUAAUGAUAAGUUGUAACCUGGAUAUAUUUUCCUUCGCAGGUAAGCAAAAUUGUAAUAAUGUCGUCAUUAAAGCGUUGACAUUACAAAUUGUGGUAAAACCUCACCGUAUUGUGGAAGUCACUCAUACUCACCUGAUUUGACACCUAAUAGGCCGAUUUGAGGCUAAGAUGCUCAAAGGUCGUGGGGUGUCAUCGAGCUGUGCGCCCUUGUGACUCAUAACGUGACAUGUAGUUGCAGGAGUGGGAAUGUUGUCUGUUUUCGUGUCUGUCAAUCUGAUGCAAAACAGCACAUCAUUGUUAUACUGUAAAGCACAAAAUGAUCCAUUUGGUGGAUUGGUACCUUUACUUUUUUCAGUAUCGUCUUUUUAUGGUCUGUGGUGAUCUGCCACCUUUUUGUCGGCCGGUAAUUUGUCAGCAUGUGUGUUUGUGUGAGUGUAGAGGUUAUGAAAUAUGAGUGCCUACAUUUCUCUGUGUGUGCAGUUCUGUGUUUGUCUGUAUUCUCUUCAUGUCCUGUUCGAAAAAAAAAAACAAAAACUAUUAUUAUGUUCAACUCUGGAACUACUGAGGUGUGAAAAAAUGUUUGACAUGAGAUGAUAAAGAAAUUCCUUGCGACCGCCACAAGGCUCAGGAGUGUUUCAGGCUGUCAGAAACGUGCCGUCUCUCAGUCCCGCAGGGAUCUCAGCAAGGAAAGAUGUCCUGAUGCACGACGUCUGACUGCUCCUUUUGAAUUUUCAAACUAAAGAACAAAGUUAUUGGAUGUACUGCUCACUCCUGUACUUUGUCGCACCAUUUAUAAAUCCAGAAUCCCAUUCCAUUAAAGAGAAUUUACAGUUUAUACUGUGAUUCAAGUUCUGCUCCAACAGAGACAAACGAUCCAACAUUUUCUUCCUACAAGGCGAUGGUUUACACUUAUUUGGUAAACACUAUGAGUUUUUAUCGGUGUGGUUGUUUCUCGAUACAAAAAAGUCCCCAAACUGUCAACAAUACUGGUGCACUUUGACAUAAGAAAAUAAGAAAGUGAAAUUUAGUUGAAAAUGAGGAAAAUGUUCUGUUGAUCCCACUACUCCUAAUCUAUUAGAAAUAAUGGUAAAUAAAUCCCAUUAUAUCUAGAUUGCACUUUUAUUAAGGCUAUGGUCAUAUAUCCCAUAAUGCCACCGCACAGCGGCCUAAAUGCAAGUUUUUUAGGUAAUUUGGCAGGUAGCCAUGCGGCGACAUUUGUAAUUGGGAGGCGGCAGUCGCAUUUUUAGAUGCCGGUCAGAGGCUGCCCGGGUCCAUUUCGAGGUCGCAGUCCAAAGACAGACGGGGAUGACGCCAUUAUGAAAUCGGGCGAUAGCUGGGUGACCACAGGUCGGUGGCAGCCAGAAUUCCCGGCCACCAGCAGAUCUGACUUGAGGAUCAAUGCAUUCUCACUCCCAACUCAUCACAUAUGGACAUAUGCUUCAGGUCCCCUCCGCGUCCCCACUCUCCGGGUCACAAAUCGAUCCUGGUCCGAGGGCUGCUUGGUACCGGGCCACAGGCAGGACAAAAAUAUAAAUGCUAAUCAAAGGUCCCCAACCCUUGGGACGCGGACCAGUUCCGGUUCACCUUUAACAUCGCAAACACGUCUCAAGGAAUUUCCUCAUUCCAUCGCACACACAAAUAUUUCAAGGGAUCUCAACAUCCCAACUGCACAGCAUAACAUUCAAAAGACUGAAUUGGACCCUGACAAACCCCCCACCUCUAUUCCUACAACAAAACAACCUUCCUUCCACACUUUUAAACAAUAGAUGCGAAAACAUUGCACUUACAACGUCACCUGCACUCAUGAGGAAAGGUACUUGGGCCAAUACACAGCACAUUGCAAAUCAGACCAUCUAUACUCCCCAUAUAGAGGCAUGGCUGGUUUGUGUAUACUUGACUGAACAUCAUAGAGGAGUGCCUGAUCUCCCUUCUCCAGACGCUGGCACGUCCCCUAACUUAAGGCGGUACAGGUUCCACAUCCAGUAUCGUGUUCCAAGGGUUGUGAACCAGCCAGCAAGUCAAAAAAUGACAAGUUGUCAGAAAUUGACGUGGAGGGGCCCGAAACAUAUGUCCAUAUAUGGCGAGUUGGGAGUGGGAAUGUGUAGGGAGGAUGUGUAAAAGUCUCCGGACGGUGACCGUCCAUAUCAAGUGCCACCUGACUGCCGAUGUCUACCACGCCAACGAUUUUCAAAAAAAUCCGGCAGCAGCGUGAAACCUUGAAUAUUUUACAGAUGCCUCUCCAUUGCAGUGGCAGUUGUAUUUGUGACCGUAGCAUUAACUGGAUGUAUUUCUGCAUAAUACGUGUGUUAAAAAAGACUAAUGAGAUCUCUCCGUCUCGACAAUUCAGUCACACAAAACACACCUACCGCCAACAAAUGACUUCUGAGAGCUUUCCAACUACUGAAUCAAUCUGGCUGCUCAUAUCCUGCUGUGUCCUUCAAUAACCUUGUGAAUGUUUGACUGCAGCAAUGGUACCCCUCAGUGCUGUGUUAAGUUUUUAAAUAAAAGGGUACUUCGAAAGCUUGAGAAGGUUUAAAGUAUAUUUUCCGCCAAAAAACCUUUAAAAUGUGGGGCUGGUGGGGCUGGGGCUAAAAGGAUGUUGGGUUUGUUCUGCACUUUCUCUAUGCAUAUUUGAACUCCCAACAUGUCAGCAGUGAGAUAAUCAAACCAAAACAACAAGUUUGUGUUGUUUGUAUCGGCGGUCACCUGCCGAGUUCUUUUCCCUUUGUUCGCUGGAUGACAGCGUUCUAAUAGAGUUCCUGUUUAUAGCUGGAUGCUUGCUUAUUUCUGUCUCUGGAUCUGUUGUUUACCAUCAGGUUCUCGUCUAUUAACACCUCCCACCCCCACCCCUUUGGCUUAUAUUUAUCCGCAAUACAGCUGCAUGUUUAGCGAUCACCUUCUGCUUGCAUGAAAAAGGGGGGUGCCGCCUCGGCCCAUCAUUCUGAUGAUUUUAAAGUGCAUUCUUUUGUGUGUUUGUUUUUGUGAAGAUGACAAUUCAGGGUAUUUCUGCUCAGUUGCUGUGCUUUAUUAAAAGCAAGGUCUUGCUUUGACAAACAAAACCUUUACUGUCACAGACUUUGAGACGUCUUCCUUAAAUCAGCGUAAGUGAGUGGUGAUGCUGCAGCGGGGGGCUGCUGACACGGGGAGUGAGAUGGGGGGGAAGUCAUGAUUGCUGUCCCUGUGUGUUCAUUGUCCGUGUCGAUUCCCACAGUAUGGCUGCCAUCCUGUGGCUGGCUUGUGUCACUACUUUGCAAAAUAAACUGAAGCUAUCAGUGGC